AGAGAUUACACAAAACACGUGUAGCCGGUAGCGCUAUUUCGUCACUGUGCUCAGCCGUAACUCUCCCGGACCUACCCCAAAAGAACUGGUGGUAUUACUUCACUAAAAUUCACACAUUCUCCCUAUAAAACCACAUAAAAUUAAACAUGUAUAGAAUAUCCAGCGUACUGAGGCCACUCACCUCAAGGGCACUCACACCCUCAAUAAGCAGAGCUGUGUGCCCACAUCUCGCCAGAAGCUAUGCUAAGGACAUCAAGUUUGGCGCAGAGGCCAGGGGUAUGAUGCUUCAGGGCGUCGACCUCUUAGCUGAUGCUGUAGCAGUCACAAUGGGACCUAAGGGACGUAAUGUAAUUAUAGAGCAGAGCUGGGGCAGUCCUAAAAUCACCAAAGACGGAGUCACAGUCGCUAAGGCCAUUGAACUCAAAGACAAAUGGCAGAACAUUGGAGCUAAACUUGUCCAAGACGUUGCAAACAACACAAACGAGGAGGCCGGCGAUGGAACCACAACGGCAACUGUGUUGGCACGAGCCAUCGCCAAGGAGGGCUUUGACAACAUCAGCCGAGGUGCAAACCCCACUGAAAUCAGGAAAGGCAUCAUGAAUGCUGUCGAUGUGGUCAUCAAAGAGUUACAGAGACAGUCCAAGCCAGUCACAACACCAGAAGAAAUUGCACAGGUUGCUACCAUCUCGGCUAACGGCGAUGCAGGAAUCGGUGAGCUCAUCUCCAGGGCGAUGAAGAAGGUUGGUCGCCAUGGCGUCAUCACGGUCAAGGACGGCAAGACGUUGAAUGAUGAGCUAGAGGUCAUUGAGGGUCUCAAGUUUGACCGAGGUUACAUCUCACCGUACUUCAUCAACUCGCCUAAAGGUCAGAAGGUUGAGUUCCAGGAUGCUCUCCUCCUCCUGAGUGAGAAGAAGAUCUCUACCAUCCAGGCCAUCGUCCCAGCCUUAGAGCUAGCCAACGCCCAGAGGAAACCUCUCGUCAUCAUCGCUGAGGAUGUCGAUGGUGAAGCCCUCAGCACAUUGGUUCUUAACAGGUUGAAGGUUGGUCUUCAGGUUGCAGCAGUCAAGGCACCAGGGUUCGGUGAUAACAGGAAGAACCAGCUUCAUGACAUGGCCGUCUCAACAGGAGGAAUCGUAUUUGGUGAUGAAGCUAUGGAAGUCAAGAUUGAAGAGCUUCAGAUCCAGGAUCUAGGUCAGGUUGGUGAGAUCGCUAUCACCAAGGAUGAUACGCUCAUCCUCAAGGGUAUGGGAAAGCAGGAGGAUGUAGACAGAAGAGUCGCUGAGAUCGCAGAACAGGUGGAGAACACCAACUCAGAGUACGAGAGAGAGAAGCUCAACGAACGUCUUGCCAAGCUUUCUGACGGUGUAGCAGUACUCAAGGUCGGAGGUUCAAGUGAUAUUGAGGUGAACGAGAAGAAGGACCGUGUGACAGAUGCUCUGAACGCCACUAGGGCUGCUGUGGAGGAAGGCAUCGUGCUUGGUGGGGGAACCGCUCUCAUCAGGUGCUUGACAUCUCUCCUCAACAUCCCAGUAGAGAACUCUGACCAGAAGAUUGGAAUCGAGAUCGUCAGGAGAGCACUCCGCAUCCCAACCCAGACCAUCGCUAACAACGCUGGUGUAGAGGGCUCCCUCAUUGUUGAGAAGGUGAUUGAAGCAUCAGAAGAGAUUGGUUAUAAUGCUCUAACAGGAGAGUUUGUUGAUAUGGUCAAGGCUGGUAUCAUUGAUCCUACUAAGGUUGUAAGGACAGCGCUCCUGGAUGCAUCCGGCGUCGCAUCUCUCCUGACGACAGCCGAGGCCGUCAUCACCGAGACCCCCAAGGAGACCCCGGAGAUGCCAAUGGGCGGCGGCGGUGGCAUGGGCGGCAUGGGAGGUAUGGGAGGAAUGGGCGGUAUGGGAGGCAUGAUGUGAGGAGGACCGUAGACCCUCCUAGUGAGGAUGUAAAGAGGGAUGAUUAUUUUAUAUAUUAUAAAGAGAGGACUAUUUGAAUGUAUGACAACACCAUGAAUGAAGAUGUACAUGUAUGUGAUUUUAGAGUUUUGCCAAGAUGUGACCAGCCAGGAUGAUGUAGUGAUCAGUUGAGUGCCUGUAAGAAGGGCAUAACAACUAUAAAUGGCAGUAACAGCUGUCUUGCGGGCAGCCGACAAAGCAUUCACUGAUGCCCCAGUCAUGUCCACGAGACCGAUACCAGACCGUCAAUGGACCAAACAAAAGUACAGUACCCUCAAUGGCCAAACUCUUUGUUGGUUAUCAAUAGAUUUGGGGUUGGUCUGGGGGCAUGACUGAGGUAAGAGAAGUAGGACAGCAUAAAUGCUCUACAAGUUCUGCCUUCAAUGAACUUCUGUUUAGAAGGUAUAGGAAAAUCUUUCUGCAGGGAAAUUAAAAAGGUGUUAAAAAAAUUGAAACCUGGCCUUUGUGAAUUAUAUGUAUAUCAUAAUUGAGCUUUGUUGAGAAUACUGUUCUGCUCUAUUCAGGAAUGUUCAAUGGCUAAUUUAGCUAGAAAAAAUUCAAAUAACUGCCUCAUGUACCUUUGAAUGGCAAUGUGCAAAUUUGCAGAAUAUUGCAGCAGUGAGGAUGCGGGCAUGAUUUUGACCAAAGGAUGGAGUAUAUUUUGAAGGUUAUCUCACUGUUUAAGACGUGAAGAGCUGCAUUAUUACUGAAUUUGUUAAUGAAUCCAUGAAUAUAUUUGUGAAGAAAGUGAAUAUUGGUUCACCGGUUUGUUGUUCUUUUUCCAACAGACUUUACAAAAGUGUGUUCCUACUUUUGAAGUAGAUUUGUCAGUCUACACUUUCCUUUAACUUCAAGGAAUUAUUUUAUUCUUUGAUUGGGCUUUGGUUGUUUCUUUCCUGUAUCAUCAUUUGACAUUUAUGUCACUUAUAUUUCUCAUUUAAUAUUUUUAUAAUUUGUUUUGUAUUUCUAAUUUGAUGACCAAUCAUGAUAAACUUGACUGUUGUGUAUUAUAUUAGGAGUGGACAUGAAAUAUACAGUAUUUGUAAACGUUGUAAAAAAAAAAUAGCAAGCACAAUCAACAGUCAUUGUGCGCCAAUUUUCCUUGGAAAUUUAAAGAGAAGCUAUGAGAAUGUAUUGUAUGGACUCUUUUCAAUCAGUUAAAGUACUAAUUGGUAAUGAGCCCUUUGUAUUGAUUUUUUUUUUUGUAUGGCAUUAAAAUCAACAAUGUGUUCAUAUUUUGUAUGUCUGAAUGUACACGAUCUAUAGAUAUUAAUGCUAAUAUGUUCACAAGGUGCGGUACUCUUUCAACAAAAGAAUUUGAAAAAAUUGAUAACAUGUAAAUUGCUACUGCAACUAUGAAUGUUUGUAUUCCAUUAUUAUGGAGUAACUUCUUGAAAUAAAAAGAAGAGAAAUAUUCCAGAUAUUGAUAAA